UAUAUAGGAGCUUCGCUUUUAGCCCUGGCUAAAUCUAUAUAUUAUUAUUAUAGUAGUAGUACCAUGGCGGCGAGUAGUGAGGACGUCGUCUUGUAACUCUUGUUAAAGCGGCCCGUCACAAAAACAAGCCCCCCUUCAGAGCAUCGACGCUUAUUAAUACAACACUUUUUUGUGCUUGGCAACAGGUUUUGGAAUCCCAUAGAACCAUUUGGUGUCUCUUAAUAUGACUAAAUCAACUUUUAUUUUCAAAUUUAUUUUGGAUUUUGUUUCAACAACAACAUUACAAGAUGACGGGCAAGAGAAACUCAGCGGAACAAAUAACUAACAAUCAAUCUAAAACACGCUUAAAGUGGACUGAAGCAAUGAAUACGAAGCUUUUGGAAUGUAAAAGAGAAGCUAAGGAUUUUGUACAGUCGUAGGACCCUCCGAGGAAGGCAGAUGGAAAAAAGCAUGGUUAUAUGGCGAUAAUGGAGCAGCUUUGGGACAAUAGCGAGUUUGCUGAUUUAAAUUUCUCAACACAAAAUCGCCGAGAUCAAGCAGCUAGAAUUGAAAAAUCGCUUGGAAGUAAAAGCUAAUAGAAUCGACGCCACCAUCAUUGACAAGACCAGCAAGCAAGUCAGAGUGAUUGAAAUGAGCUGUCCAUGGCUGGAAAAUAGAGAGUCUAAAGAUUUCGAGAAGACAACGAAGUACAGUUAACUGAGACUAGAGCUGACGAACUGAUAUCCUGAGUACAAGGUCAAUCAGUAUAACAUCAUCAUGGAUAUCCUUGGAGGCUGUUCGAAAGAGGUUGAGCAAAAUAUAAAGAGCUUGUAGGAGACAAGUGUAAAUCAAUUAUGCAGGCAAUCCUGUCUAGUUCAUUACACAUUGCUAGAAUGUUCAAACUGAGCGGUUAGAUAUCUACAGGAAUUCUGGACACCCAUUUUAACAGAUACUUCAUCUUGUAAAUUAUCGAAAUUUUAUUUUCUACAUACCUUAGACGUUCUGAUAUUUAAUGGACAGCUAUAUGAAUGAUGGUUUUUAACUCAUGAACAUUUUUAUUUUACAAUUAAUACGUCCAUAAAGCUUGCAGGACAUUUUUUUAUUGUUAUUUAUAUAUAUUAUGACACUUUUAUCAAAUGGUUUUUACCAAGGUUUUUUUUGGCAAAUUAUCGUGUAAUUGUUACUACAAAGUUUAGUCGAUACUGCGGCUGGUUACGGUUUGCCUCCCAACCAAAGCUUUUAUUUUUUACUCUGGGCAUGCAGACCUUUGUACUGCCAUAAUGAUAAUGAUAAUGACGACGACGACGACGACAACAAGGAUGAUGAUGAUGAUGAUGAUAACAAUAAAAAUUAGAAUAAUAAUAAUAAUAAAUAAAUAAAUUAUUGUCAAAGUUUUGAACCCAGGAGUCAUUUCAAAAGUACAUGUAGGUUGAGUUUGAUCGUCCGGGUGAACGUAGUCCUGAAUAGAACUGUUGUUGACAGUGACUGACGUUUCGAAAACCUGUGCGGUAGUCAACUUCAGAGUCAAAGUAAGUUGUAUCACUUCAGUUGAUGGUAUUAUACUCUGGUUAUUGGUCUGAUUGGUCAACUGCAUUGCGAUGUUAUUGGUCGUCUGUCAGUUAAGCCGUGAUGUUAUUGGCUAUGAAGAUUCGUAAUCAGUAAUUGGUGCGUUUCGAUCCGUCUGUUGUCACAGUUAAACAUUCGUCUAUUGUUAGUCAAAGAGUCAGUUCUCCAGUCGUUCUCUCCUAGUUAGUUUUGUUUGAUCUCGUCAAUAAGUCGUUUGCACGGCGCUGGUAACUGUUGGCUACGAUUCAGUGGCGUUUGUUAGUAAACCAGCUUUCUAAAGUAAGACGUUGAUAGUAGUCUUUAGAAUACGUUAUACAUGUCGCAGAGUCCCAGUCAAUUCGAUGUUUCGUCUGUAAAUGGUGCUCAGCAAUGUGAUUGUUGACGUCACCAUUCCUCGUCGCUCAUUUGUGUUCGGUCAGUCGCGUGCUUAGUUUUCUGGCGGUUUCACCAGUGUAAGAAGCAGCAUUUCACCUUGUAUACUGCUCCCUGUUUGUCCUCCGGUUUGUCUUUGUCCUUGACAUUAGUAAGCGGUCGCCGUAAAGUGGUUAUUGGUUUGUGUGCAACAAGUAUAUUGUAAGGUUGUAAUAUACGUGCAAUAGUUUCAGAGGUGCCUCUGAUGUACGGUAUAGUCGAUGUCGUAACAGGGCCAGAGUUGGUCUGAGUGUUGGAAUCAGCGUUACUGUGAGUGUUCCGUCUAACAAAGUCCGUGUUGUAAUUGUUCUCACUAAAAACGUUGUUAAGAUAAUCAGUCUAGUCUUGUAGGCUGUCAGGUGAGUCGCUAACUAGCUGCGCUCGUGUUGUCAAAGUCCGGAUAGUAGUGGUCUUGUGAGAGGUCGGGUUGUACGAAGACUGGUCUAGUUAUCGGUCGGUAUGGGUCGGUUUUCUGUAAAUAGUCGUUUUUAGUUAGCUUGUUGUUGUUUUCACUCAGUGACCAAGCAGUCUAGAAAAGGUAUCUUACCAUUUUCUUCGAUCUCCUUGGUGAACUGUAUGUCAGCGUUCUGUCUGUUAAGGUGUUCGUAAAAAUCGUCGAUUCCGUCUAUGUGUACGGCGGUGAAUGUGUCGUCAACGUAACGUAACUAAAGAGGUACAGUUCGCGUGUAGGUAGCUAGGGCUUGUUCCUCGACGUUUUGCAUGACAAUUUCUGCUACAACAACAGAAUAAUUGCCGAGCACCAUUUACAGACGAAACAUCGAAUUGACUGGGACUCUGCGACAUGUAUAACGUAUUCUACAGACUAAUAUCAACGUCUUACUUCAGUCGUCUUACUUUAGAAAGCUGGUUUACUAACUUAGAACGAACGCCACUGAAUCGUAGUCAACAGUUGCCAGCCCCGUACAAACGACUCACUGACGAGAUCAGGCAAAACUAUUCAGGACUACGUUCAACCGAAUGAUCAAACUCAACCUACUUUUGAAUUAUUAUGUCGCAGUAUGAAACUUUGGAAUGCUGUCCAUAUUAUGAGUAGUAUAGGGCUCAUAACGUAACCUACACCACUUGAGAAGCUAUACUUCGAAGUAAAAAAAGGUCGAUACGAAGCCUAAUACGAUCCUAAAAUACAUAGUGAUAUGAAUCUCUCUACUUAAAAAGCCAAUUUAGAAUAUUAUUAAAUUAUGAUACUCUGUAAAACCUUCGCUAUCUCUACUAAAAGCUUAUUUAUAAUAAUAUCAAACUCCAAUGUUCUAAAAGUAAAAACGUCAGCAAGCUUGCGUUUCUAGAUUUCUAGAGAAAAAACAAAAACCUAAAAACUGAAGUCCUUAGCGCCCUAACUAAGUAUUUAUCUUAAAUGUUCUGGCAAUGUUUAACGUGUUUGAGAUGACCGACUUCUGCAUCCGCUCAAGUACGCUCCGUGCUCUCGCUCCAAUUAACUUCCUCACCGACUUCUCUAGGUGUUUAGAGUAUUAUUACUAUAGUUUAUUACUAUUAUUAUUAUUAUUAUUAUUAUUAUUUUUAAAUUGAUAGAUAGAUCUUCAGCCGAAAUCGGAGCUCACUUGGCUAGCACGAAGGAACGAGUUGAUCUUUCCCACCUACACGUUGUAGGAAGCAAGAGCACUAGACUGGAAUUACGGAGAAUAACCUUGUUUAAGUUCUGUUCUCGUCCAAACUUACUUGAUUUGUUUCUCGGUCUCACUUGAGACAACGACUGUUCUGCCUCCUGUAAUUCGUAGUUUUCUUAUUUCACAUGAUUAAGCCACAUAUUGUCUUUCCAGCAGGAACACAGAGUGCAGCAAGAUAGAUCGAGACCAGAAGCUGAUCUAUCGUCAGGAGAAUUCUCCCCCACACGUGUUAACGAAAAUCAUCAGCGAACAAGUCCAGGUAGUGAGGAUGUGCUUUUGGCGCGUCAUGUCUGCAAAGAUAAUAAAGUAAUAUAACGCAGUCAGUUGGAUCGGUAAUUUUCCACGCAAGAAUUUAAAGAAAAAAUCUAUAAAUUCGUAUGUUUAUUAUUUUAGCAAUAGACCACACUUUUUAUGGGUUUCCCGGCGUGAUAACCCACGCGGGAUGUAGGGAGAACACGAAAAAAGCUUGUAAAUCAGGGGCCGAAGUGGGUUAUCACGCCGGUAAACCCAUAGAAAGUGUGUUCUAUUGCUUUUAUAAAAUAACUUUAAGUUUUCUAUGGGUUUACCGGCACAAUAAACCAUAGGUUUUUAACCAAUCAGAACGCACGUACUGUCUUCAUGAAACUUCAUAAACCCGCACUAAAAGCGCGAUAUCGGCUGGUUUCGCUCCUCAAAAUCUCAGUGGAGAAAUAAACUGAAGGUACUAUGUACCUUCGCCUUGACUAGGGUGCAUAACAAGCGUGGCUUGAACGAUCACUUAUCAAUGGCGGUCAUAAAUAGUGUCCUCAAUUAAACUUUCAUGUUCAAUACAUUUGAUUCUUAAAUAAAGUAGUUGUUUACAUCACUGCCAUAGGUACCCACUGUAAACCGUUUCUUCAUUAUCAGCAUGGUUUGCAGUCAGUUCUGGGAAGAAAUUCGCUUGAUAUGGUAAAAAAGACUGAUUUUUUUCCCCGAAUUAAAUGAUUAGCGUGCAAGGUCUCGUUAGGUGUUCGCCGCCAACUUCUUAUUUUUGGAUCGAUGCUUUCCAGCUACCGUAACAUUAAUAUUUCAGUACCAUUGCGGGCUUAUGAAAUAGUAGUAUUUUUAGGUUAAAAAAUACAAAGACAGUUUCCACUUUUCAUGGGUAGGAACAGGGAUUGCGGGUGCAAGCAUCGGUCAUGAGCGGAAAGCAAUUCCUCUUUGUCUCCCAAACAACUGCAAGUGGAAUCCACAAACCCGUGAGUAUACAAAAACAGAAGAACAACGCUCCUCGCUGUAUGUGGUUGAUGAGGCCAUUGAGAAGCUCAGGGAAAUCAAAGGUAUGUGACCGUUUCUUACAAUGGAUUGCGGUCAGCCUGAAACAUAAUAGGGACCUUAAGCAAGGUCGACGAGAAGCCCUAAGGACGACGACCGGAAGUGAAAAUACCGCUUAGCGCGCUACUGCGCAUGCUUCACUCGUCGUCCACGUGAAGUUCAGAACGUGAAAACGCCAUCUUUGCCGUCCAGGCCGAACGUCGCGAGAAAGUGAGUAUAAAUUUAUGUAUUUUCAUCUUGUUUAGGAAGAGAAUUUAUGUUUGGCUUUUGAAAUGAAAGUUAGAUGUUCCUUAGUUUCUAAUCUUUGCACAAUAUUGAAUCUUACUAUGAUUUUGAAACUUUGCAAACAGUCAAAAUUCGGGCUUUGUGGGAUUUGCAUCUUGUUAGCAAAACAUUCAAGUUAAGAAGAUGAAAUCGAGAACUAACAAAGUGAUUACUUGUUUUGUUUUAUUUACCUAUAUGCAAUCUUUUACAAUUGUUUUAACUUGAGCAGUAAAUUUUCAUGCUGUUAAGGUCAUUUUAGAGUCUAAUUUUCCGAAAAAUGAACUUAUAUUUCGAUGUGCAUUUUCGUAGAAGGGAGUGGACAGAACUGCAUGACUUGAAUCUUUGCGAGGAAGUUUUAGUUGUUUAACCUUGGAAACUUCCUUACCGUAGUAAGGAAAGAUGAGAUUCAUGGAACGAAAUAGCAAACAAUUUAAAUGCCUCUGAUCAUUCUAAGUUUAAAGUAUCAAAGAGAAGUGUCAGAGACAGGUUGACAUUACUUCAACAAACGUACGAAAAUGAGAAUGGAGGAAGUUGCCUCUGAAUAGACCGUCAGGAAACAAAGCUAGACAAAGCGUUAGAAGAAAUCAUAGAAAAAGAGAAAGCGGCCACGGAUGCGAGAAGCCUGCAAGAUGAUAACAAGAAAAUUGACAAGGCAGCAGCGGAGGGCGGAGGAGCACCGCAACGGAGCGGUUGAGCGUUUGGGUGAACCCAGGAAAAGGAAUGCUGAGAAACAAGACGGAAAAAGCCCAAACGGCGAAGAAAGGAAGAAGAUCGACGUCGGAAGUGGUGUAAUUUCUGAAAGAAAAGUCAGAAAGAGAGAGUGUGUUCAGAAAGGAGGAUUUGAAGUUGAGACGAAAGGAGCUGAGUCAAAUUUAAAGGAGGAUAUGGUGAAAAUGCUAGCACAACAACAGCAGCAGCAGACGCAGGCUAUGCUUUGUUUGCUUGCAAAGGGCCAAAAUAAGAACAGUUAAGUAUCCGCUAUUUUAUCCAUCCAAGUGUUGGUUUUUCCAAUGUUGUUGUUACUGGAAGUUUUACCGUGAAAAAGUGCUGAGGCAGCAUGUAUAUCUUCCAGACAUGCAAUAAUGUACUGUUUGUAUUUGAAGGUACACUUUGAGACUGCAAAGUUCUAAUUGAUUAGUGUUGUUGCAAAACCUUAAAGUGAUUAAAUUCAAGAUUCAUGUUUCAAAGUUUUACGUGUAUUUUAUGUGCAUUUCUGUACAUCUUGUCUGACUGGCUACAAUCUUCAGUGUUAUAUUUGAAGCUACAACAUUUUAUAGUGAUUAAAUUUAAGCUUCGUUGUUUCAAAGUUUCAAGUUUAUUUUAUGGUUAUACAGUGUAUGCCCAUCUUGCCUGACUGGCUACAAAAUGAAGGCUCCUGUAGCGGUUGGAAUUGUAAAAAUAUAUCAGAAAGGGGUGGGGCAACAUUUUUCCUCUUCCCCUCCCCUUCCUCUGGUAAAUGAUUAGCUCCUAAUUUUGUGGUAUGAUUGGAACAUUCGCCAGCAGGCUCCUGUCACCAGUUAAUGCAUCCCAGAUGUUUUGCCUCUUGGCUGGAACUCAAGUUUAAACAAAACAAUUUUAUAAAGCUGUUUGUCAUUUAUUAAUACACUCCUGUAUCAAAUUAACCUACCUUCUCUUGAUACACCCUGAAAGAAAAAAGUACUCAAGGAAACAAUGCAUUGCUAUUUACAUGAAACUUUCAUUAUUGCACUGACAUGUCAUUCCUCUUUGAUUACCGGUAUAUUAUUUGAAUUACUUUCAAGCAAAGUAAUCUUGUAGUGUUGGCGGAUCUAAGUUAAAGUACUGCGAUGUCUGAUUUGGAUAUAGGCAUGUAAGAGCAUUCCUGAGAACUGCACAAACAACAUACAUCUUUCCAACACCACUCAAACUAAUUUUUAGAUUCUUUUUAAAGUCCAUAAACUUAAAAUAAUUGGCAAUGUCAUUAAACAGCCAUUCUGUACUCAUAGACUGGUUGAAAGCGAUCAUUGGGGCAGUAAGGGCUCUAUUUGGGAAUGGCGUCUGUAAGUAAAUUCUAUGAGGGUAUGCCGGAUCGCCGUACAAGCAAAAUGGAUUGCCAACUGGUGAAUUUGCAAAGCGUUGCAGGUAUUGAAGAAGUCCUGAAUCAGCUAGCAUGCCAGCAUCGUGUUUACGACCCUCUGAAACAGUAAAAGGAAGUACAAAAUACGUAAGGAACUAAAAAUGCUUCUUGUACAGGUUUGUCACAUAAGCCUCUCACUCUUUACCCCUGACACUCGUCCAAUAUUUCUUGUUAAAAACAUAGUGAAAUUGAAAUCGCCCACUCUCUCUUUGUGCAAACACUCCCCGCAAAACUUACCCACUGGACCAUAUAGGUUACCGAUUAAACCAAUGGGUAGAGCCACACACUGGAAUUUUAGAGCGUGAACCCUCUUAUGGCCGUUGUAGAUGACUCUUUGGUGCUCUCCUGGUCUGCAUACGGGUCGAACGGUCUCAUCAACGAACCCAAAACAAUUAUAAAGCAGCUCCUUUGUCGGCAAUGGCGUUACUGUAAAUCUGUAAUGCAGCUGGAUUAAGCACAUUGUGGUUCCACUGUGUUAUGCGAUGUCUGUGAGUGUGAUAUUCAAAAUCCAAGACGUCAUUACUGACCACACUGAGAACUGUUAGUGGCAGUCCGAAUUGAGAAAUCAUGUCACUGUAUCUACAUGGAUAACUUGAUAAUCUAAGAAGAAUGCAGAGACCUUCCAUUCCGUCAACACUUCUUUGAUAGCAUCUGAAGCUAUCAGGUAUUUGAAGAACCUCUGCGAGAAUUUGCAAGUCGUGCUUUCUAAAUCUAAACUCUGCCAAGCACUCGGCAUCGUUCAUCUCAUCGAGGGAAAACCUGUCAUAUUCCUCGUACGAAAAAUUGGGAUUUUUCGGCAUAAAUUGCUCUUGUAGUAGCAAAAACUCAUCUUCAUCUGGAAUACCGUUCUCAGAACUAAAAAAAAGUUGAUCUUGGACCUCGUGAAAAGAAGACAUGUGUCUAGUUCCUAUUUUUUUCCUAUUUUUUCCUAUUUUUUGAGCCUGUUUCUAUUUUCUCCUAUUUUUAAACUAAAACCUCCUAUUUUCCCUAUUUUUUAGCUGGUGAAGCCAAAAUUUGUAACAAAAUUGAAAAUGGAAUUAUAGUUGUAUGUGUUUUUGAGUGAAAUUUAUCAUAAAGCAAGUAGCAUGUUGACUUUGAUGUUCAAAUAUUAGUAAAAUGACAGUUACGUUUGUUCUUUCCAUGACCUCUAUUGCCUAUUAGAGUUCUGUUAACAUUUUUCUUUUGUUACUUUUUGUACAAUUUUCUAGUGCACCUGCAUGUAUUGUAUGAAGUGUUAUAGUCCUCAUGACUAUUAAUUAUUAGUAAAAUCCAACUAGUGGUCUAUUAUCAAUGCUGCGUUCUGAUUGGUUGAGCUACUACUAGGCUAUAUGUUAUAGCCUACCACUAGUAGCAAAAGGCGUGCUUUUUGGCGGCAAAAAAGGAUUAAAGUCUAGCUUUAAUUUAACUAGCUAAAAUUUUUUUAUUCUAGAUAUUUUUGACCAACUAGUUGGAUUUUUCUAAAACAAUUAUUCCUCUCGCCCUCAUGGCCUCUGAGUCAAUAGCCCAUUCGGCCGCUAUUGACUCAGAGCCCAUUCGGGCUCAAGGAAUAAUUGUUAAAUAUUUUGCAUAGCUCACUGAAACUGCAUUUCAGUAUCUGUACAUGUCAUAUUUUAUUUUGAAGUCUUGGUCUCUUUUAUGUUCACCUUUGAAACUGAAAACAGGAUCAAGUUGUCCUCUCACAACACAGGCCAGAUAAAUCAUCCGAUCAGCUUCUUGUUUAAAAAAACCAAUCACUAGCUGAUUCUGGAUGCUAAAAUGAAAAGAACAGACUAAAGUUUAGUUUACGGCACUAGCUCUCUUGGUGAGCCCCUUGUUAACAGCUAUACCUAACCAACUGGUGAAGGAUCGAAUAUUUUGGUUGAAAAAUCGGUCUUGCAGUCAUAGCUAAGCAGAGUGUUAUGUUCUUCUUGGAACUUAACCAUGACACAAUUACAAUCUGGUACCAAAUAGAUCAGUGUCAUUUUCCAUACACCGCGGAGAGCUUGGUUCCGUACCUAAAAUUAUGCGGUCUUUUGACUCAAACAAACAUAUUCUCAACCAGCUACCGAUUGCUUUCGAAAGCUUUCCAUAGGACUUUUUUCGAUAUCCUUCAAUGACAACUCAAUCGUAAGAAAUUUCUAUCCUAGGAAAUUUCACCCUUCAAAGCUUUUCAAAGAUUUGCCGUCAACUUGAAGGGAAUUUCCAUAUGAUCACCUUUGUUAAUGGAACCACGCUCCACCUGUAGUCAAUCAUAUCAUUCUGAUUUAAUACAGCGUAACUGAUCCAAUAAACUAAACGUUACUGAUCAUUUUCACUCCUUCUUAGCCGCGAAAGUUGAUCUAAAUCCCUUGAACAUAGAAUCUGAGGACUUGUAGCCUUUGUUAUAACCCUUAAGGGGUACAGGGAGGCUAUCUUUGUCGACAAAAGUACUUUUGAUCUUCCUAUUUUUCUCCUAUUUUUUUUUUAAUGCAAAGUUUCCUAUUUUUCCUAUUUUCUUAAUCCUGAGUUUCCUAUUUUCCUAUUUUUUUGAGCAACCAUGCCGCUGGACACCCUGGACAUGAUGAAAUUAUUGGACUGUUUCUCGAUUUUCACGAUAAAUCAGCACUGUUUCGUUUACAUGUCCUCGUCCACGUUCAAGUUCGCGCUUAACGUUUCUGUUUUCCCGCCGUGAACGACGUCCUCGGUCUAGUCCCUCAACAACUCUACUCGUCGUCGUCGUCUAAUUCGUCGUCGUUGCUUAAGGUUUCUAAUGUGGAGUAUAAGAGAACACUCAUUUGCCAGCACUUUCUUCCUGGUUGUAAAAACCGAACGAUCAUCAUCACCGAUUAAAUUUUUGUGACGCUCAGACUGAAUGUAAGAUAAUGAUAUUGUCCGAUAGUUUAUCUAGGAAUGGCCUUUGCUCGGUGGGCGCUACUUAACAAUACAGGGAGGCCCAGCCCUGAGGUCCAACUCCAUUCCUUUAAUAUACCAUUUUUGACCAAAAAGGUAUCCCUUUCGUAUUAACAGAAAAAAUGGUACCUCUCUAACACACCUACUUAAUAGGAAAAAUAGAGGACAAGAAUAAAUUUCUAACACAAGAACCUUAAGCCUCGGACGUAUAAGGGGCCUUACGGGUGUAUUUUAACCUUAUGGGUGUGGAUGCCACCCGCCUCCCCCGCCAUAAGGUUUUUCUGAGUUUUUUUUCCUAAAGGAUUAAACAUUAGCACCUGACGUUUUCAGUAGCUGUUCGUUCAUCCCUCUCGUACACUUUGAGACAAGUUAAUUGAUGGUCAUCUGCUAUGGUUACAAGAAGUGACGUCAUAAAUAGCAGGUGGUCAAGCCAUCCACCCCCCCCCCCCUCUUGCACCACGCCGGGGUUGUGAAUUUGCGUGUACGUCCGAGCGUUAAGUACUUGUUAGUCAUUUUCCUGAAACAUUUAAAGGCCCUUCUAAAUUCUUAAAUGAUAAAUUUUGCUACCCUUCCAUAUACGUCAACUUGUGAUUUUCCUACCCUUUGAUAUAUCUCUUCAGGGCCGAGCCUUCCCCUAAAGGGCUAUUAUGGGGAGCCCCCUUUCCCCCCCCCCCCCGCGCCCCCCCUCCGGGAGGGGUCUUUACUGUUACUCGUUGGAACGUUUCUUACUCUUCUAGGUCCAGUGUGCGUGGUGUCAAUUGCCGGUCCUGCCAGAGACGGAAAGUCGUACAUUUUAAGCGAGGCUUUUGGUCAACCGAACGUUUUCCCUCUUGGAUACGAAAUGGUUGCAGAGACCAUGGGGAUCUGGCUGUGGAUUGUACCGGAGAAAUAUAAGGUAAGUAUCAGUCUUGCUUUUACGGUAAGAUGCAAAGUCACAUGAAAUUAUCCUGAUCCCAACGUUUAGGACUGAGAGCUCAAUAUGAACCGAGACUGUAUUCAUGAGUAACGCAGAGUGUAUGGGUUCGAAUCACGCUGUAUGCAUUGGUUGAUAUAUAGAGGAUAUUACAUGGCCGCGCGGAGAUACGAAAUUUCUCUUCGAGUGUUGAAAAAUAUUUUUUUCAACAAGAGAAGAGAAAUUUCGUAUCUCCAAGCGACCAUAUAAUGUUCUUUUCAUUAUAUAAACACCAAUGAAAUGCCAAACCAUUUUACUUUAAUAGUUUUUUGGUCCGAAAGGUGCGUUUUAUGAUGAAGCCAUACCAAUGGUGAUAUUUUCACAUGUGAAGUUAACGUGUUAUUUUCACAUGUGAAGAUAUCAAGUUUUCGCGCGAAAGCUCACUUGGUAUUUCAUUGGCGUUUAUAUAAUAAAUAAAUAUAUAUCUGUCUGGAUUUGAUAAAAGAUACCUCUAGAAAUUUCAAGUGCGUUUUCACAAUUUGUCCCUUGAGAUCAAUAAAAGCAGUUGAAAGUCGCUAGUUAGGGCUUAAAACGGACGAAUUAAUAGCCGGCAACACACGAAAAGUUGCUCUUGGCAAUAGCGACAGAUUUGUAACGAAAUGAACAACAUUUAAAAGCACAGAAAUAAUGACCUUUCAGUGUCUUAAACCAUGAGGCUCAUGGCGAGAUGCCCGACUAAAACGGACCUAGAAUACACCUUUCUUGACCCCACAAUCGGUUGUCUAAGACAAAAUCACUUCAACUAAACACUUACAAAGCGUUUUCAUGCUUGUACACAAUAUUCUUGUAACACGAGCUCCACCGACAUACCUGAAAUCUGUCUGUCAACAACUUCAGGAAAUCACACAAUUAACAACGUUCGCGGCACUGAUAAAACUAUCCACAACCAACCAGACACAAUGUUUCCACACUUAAUACGGGCGAAAUAUAUAUCAUCACAUUACUCUCUCUCUCAAUAACUCUCGCUUUCUCCACAUAAAUCAUCACAUGUAAACUUUGCUGACACAGUCGAUUUAUUCAAGAUCCCGGAUGUAAACGAGCGGUUUUGAAAGGGACACAUGGGGUGCUUACCAUUUGACAGAAAAUUUCGGAAAUUCCGGAUGGAAGGUAAAUGUUAAGGUCACGUUUCGGAAAUUCCAACCGAAAAUUGAGGAGUACGUUUGGAGGUAGUCUGUUCAUUCCGGUUGGUACGAACCAAACGGAAUGUUGCUUACCAUUAACCAAUUUCUCGGUUCUUUCUCGGUUCCAGACUCACGCUACAAAAUCCGCCCUCUUUUGGGUUCAACCCGUAACGGAUGUGGCAUUUCUACGGUAAACUGGAAAAUCGGUUACCAUUAUGCUUUCGACACCCCAACCGGAUUUUUCUGUCAAAUUGUAAGCACCCAUGGACGCCGGCCUUCAAAACAAAGUUUUACUAAGUCUCUGGCCUGGUCAGAAAUCAGCAUCAAUUUUGCUCUCGCCGAAUAAUUUUGACUCCUAAAAGCUAUUUCUUGAGGCCAGAGACUCGUCACCGCCCACAUCAAAGCUCGCAAUAUGAUGCCUUUCUGUCUCAAGCCCGAGAUCAGUGUUUCACCCGUUUAGCCAAAAUCGGACGAAAUACGGUAACAUAUUGGACGACGGCAGACUUUGCCUAAUGAUGCCUUUUGGAAAACUUUGCUGCAGGCGGCCAAAAAGAAACCUAGAAAUUAACCGACCACGGAAAACAACUUCUACCGCGCGCGCUGAUUUCAAAUGUCAUAGUGUAGAGAAUUAUUGUAAAUGAUAGGUAGAGAAGAGGUGCGGGUGGCGGGGGGGGGGGGGAGGGGGAAGAUGUGCACAGCAUAUUAAACACAUGUUUUUUGAUCAAAAAAACAAAACAAAAAAAAAACGAAGAAUGGUCAAGUACUGAACAAGCUUCAAAUGAGACUGUUCCUUUUAUCUUGUACCUUUUAUCAAAUCCAGGCAGAUAAAUAUCUAGCCGGAUUAUGAAAACCGUACCAUCGGACUCCAGGAGUCCACACACCUUAAACUGACUCAACUAAAGUAAAUAUCGCCAAGAAACUCAGCUCUUACCCAUGGUUCUCUUAAGGUGACUCUCUUCUUGGUUCCUGAUGAGCAAAAGAAACAUUCAAGUCCAUCAAAAAGACACUCUGGACUUGUCCAUACACUCUAGCUGCUUAAAGACCCUAAAUGACGGAGGAUGCUUGAGACUUAACCAAGUUCUAAGCAGAGAAUUCAAGGUUAAAUCACCACCCUGACUUCCUCCCCCAAGCCUAGCACGUGCUUGAGGGGAAUGCUUUCAUUGGCCAAUGGGCCUCAAACGUUACAAGAAUUUGACAUGACAAACUAAAGGCAGACAUGACCAGUGCACUGACUCUACCAGAGCUAGACUAACGGAAGGUACCACGCUUUUGCAGCACCCCGCCCCCCUAGGGAUUGACAUGGAGGCCCCUUUCCAACCCAUGGCGAGUUAGCUCAGGGACUGAGCUUGACAAUGAGACCAACCAGGACAGCAAGCCCCCCCUUUUUUUUGCUCACCGCAAUGACCAGAAACCUGGGUAUUGCCAGGUUUCUGUGCGAAUAUUCUGGCCUGUUUUGAGGUACGUUUUCAAAAAUUCGGCUAGAUAUAUUUAUAUAUAAUUAGAUUUACAAAAAUUUGAUCCAGGCCAAAUAUGGUUCAAAAAGGUGGAAACGAGGAGGCGAUCAAAGGCAAAGAUCAAGAGAGGAUAAAGGGAACAGAGAAGGCAUCCCCCAUACACACCCUAUUCCAUAGGUAAUUCGUCUCGAGUUAUUUUUAGAAUCGGGAUAAAGUUACCUCGCGCGCUGCGUGGAUGUUUCGUGGAGGUUUCGCAUGACUAAACGCUGUACAAAACAUGUCAGUCGAAAGGCAAUGAAAGCGUAAAGAGAUCGAGAGCAUUCCUGAAUAUUGAAGCAAAAUGAGUCGGCACUCACCUGGGAAAAGGGAAUCGCUGGACUCUUUGACAACCCAUGAAAUCAGUUUAACUCGGAAGUUGUCGUAACCUCAGUGCUUUAAUAAAAUGAGAAUUUCGCCGGUCUAUUGAAACCGGUCGUUUGCACAAUAGGACGCCAAGUGUUAUUUUUGUUGAAUAAUAAAAGACUAAUAAAAGAAUAAAUAUCAAACCAGAAAUUACUCUCUUCAAACUGUAAAUUAUAAAUGAUCCUGAGAGAAUAUUCAGUGUGUUUAGGAUUUCCUUGCUGUACUGUUAGCUCUAUACAAGAGAGGAAGGGCGAUUCUUUUUUAAUUUCCGUUUCGCUGACACAGCUUUAGCAGAAAUCUCUUUGUAGUCGUUUUCGUCAACAAGAUGAACAGCAAUAUCGCUCCUCGCGUCUUUCGCCAUUUUGUUCUGCGUCAGUUCGUGAAAGGCGCGUGGCUCUGAGCGUGGGUCAUCCACGCGCAACACAUUCGCGCUAUGUGAUUGGCUUUGUCUAAUCCCCCUUGAGAUUUGUGGUGUUAAAAAUAACUCGAGACGAAUUACUUAUGGAAUAGGGUGUGUAUGCGGGAUGCCUUCUCUGUCCCCUUUAUCCUCUCUUGGCAAAGAUGGUAUAUACCGCAUUUGCACACCGGUUUACUUGGGGCUGUAAAUUCGUGAGCAAAUGCGGUAUUCAGUACCAUCUUUGCCCUUUAUUUAAAUUUAGUUUGCACUUUUUUGCACCAUAUUUACACUAAGUAAAUAUGGUGUAAAUCAAAUUUUUCAUUAACUUACUUUUGUGCAUUUUAAUUAGUUUCAUAGACAACCAGUGUUAUGGAGCUUUAUGGGACGGAAUAUCUAUCGCUGUCGCCUCUUGAAAGGACCAUAAAAUGAGCAAUUGCUGGUAAAUUCAGAAAACCGUCAACACCAGAAAGAUUUAUGGAAUAUAAUUGUACUGUGUCGAAAGGAAAAGCCUAUCGAUAUGAAAAAUUUUAGCUUCAAAAAGCAGCUUUAAUUAGUUUGUGGUAUUAAAGGUUUGUCCACGUGUCUUAAACGUUAUUGUCUUUACGCAAUUAACAUUCCCCCUUAAUUCUUUUAGGAGUUCACGGUUUUGACGGUUUUCUGAGUUGUCCAGUAAAACGUAUUAACGUAUUGUUGAAGAAAAAAUCCGUUUCGUGCUUUACUGCAGCUUAAAAUCCAGGAUUCUAGAGCCAAAGAAUUCACGGUGGUGCUACUAGAUUCAGAAGGGAUCGACGCUGCUUCCAGUGUUGGUUACGAUGAUAAUCAAAUAUUCACUUUGACGGUACUGCUAGCUUCCGUGCUUAUUUACAACUCACAAGGUGUCCCCACGAGUCGUGAUCUCGAGGGACUAGAGUAUCCUUUAUUUACUCUUCUUUAUCCUUAUCCUCUCGCUCAAUGCGCUUUGAGUAAUUUCUUGGUUUGUUUGUUUGCUUACGCUUUUUUAGGGGGAGACAAAGUACAAAAAAAGGAAGAGCAUGGACAUGCACGGAAAUUGAUUGUGGCUUUAUUUUAUUUUAUGAUACCUCUAUUAUUCGCAAAGAUGAGUGUAUAUUUCAUUAGGUGGUUGAAAGGGUGGCGGAUUGAGAGACUCUUAAAACAUCAUUUUUAUAUUGAAACGGUAGUGGGAAAAUACCUGUUUAAGAAAUUAACUCUAACGCAUAAUUUUCCUUAACACAUAUUAGUUUUAUAACAAAGCUGUCUCAAAGAAUCCAAGUUAGAUCAAACCAACGGGAUGGCGUCGAACAAAAUGAAACGGAGUUAUUUCACCGAACGUUCCCUUACUUCCUCUGGCUGCUGAGGGAUGUAACGCAAGCUAUUCCAAGUGAUUGCAAGGACCUGAAAGACUUCUUCUUAAAAAAGGUUACAAAAAUAUGCAAAACGUUUGCAUCAGGCAACGCAGUUGUUUUAAAGUGGUUGGAAAUAAGUGUUCAUUGGCAAUUUGAUGUAUUAUUUCCCAGGGCUCGGUUCGUCAAAACCUGGUGAAGUAUAAUCCCUGGCAGAAGGGUACGCCAAAUUUUAAGUAAGGCUUUAAAGUCAAGGGAAAUGUAUUAACCGGAGCUUAUAAUAUGACGUUUAGCCUUUAUUCAGAGAUUCAAACAGUUUAAUUAUGAUGACAUACAGUUAUAAUUUGAACCGGGAACCUAUAGUUAAAAAAGAUCGAUACAAUAUCUUGAGCUCACUUGACAGUAGUUCAUUGCUUUACAAUAUGUUUUGUUUCUGCCCCAUUCCGUUCUUGGCCUGCUGACUUUGGGCAUGUAACCAUUUCGAGUAUUACAACCGUGCUGUUGGCUCAUUUGAAAACUGAACACAUCGAAAUGUUCGGGGAUAGUUGCCUUCAAUGCAUCUUGCACAAGACAACAUCGAUAACCGAUAAGCCUCGUGUGUGCAACGGGAACCACCGCAACAGUGUCAGGGCCUCAGCUGAUGUAACUUUUGCCUUUAAAAUCUUCUUUGCAAAGAGAUUUUGAAAAGACUGGAAUUGUUUCAUCUGUGUUGUAAGACCUGGCUGAUCUUCCCACGCAACAUCUUGGCCCAGUUGUUCGACGGCCGAUUAGCGCUUAACCCGGGUUAAAUUUAACCCGGGAUUCUUUUUCUUGUGUUCAAAAGCAUUUUCUUGGAUAUUUUCUGUGCUAUUUUCAGAGCUUCCAAUCAUCAACUUGUAGACAAAAAGAACUAAAACUGAAAUGCCUUUUAAGCUUUCAAAUCUGAAUUCAAAUCUCACACUAACCCUGGGUUAUCUUAACCCAGCUUUGAACAACUCGGCCCUGUGGAAAAGUAAGGUAUGCCUUUAGACGUCUCUUAUCCAGCAUAUGAUAAAUCCGGCUGAACACUGAAAGUCGAUGUCCUAGUUUUUGUAAGAGGCUAUUGAUAUGCAUCUUCCAUUUCCAUUUCUCAUCCAGUGGUGAAGAAAUUUUCAUCAAAAAGCUUGCAGCUGCGGCGUUUCAAAGAAACUGAAGCAUAGACCUCGAAAGAAGGUCUUUGGUUUAUCGCUGGUUUAUGGUCUACGGUUCAAAGGCUGAAGUGGCGAGCGCUUUUCAGAAAAUUUAAAAAGGUAGGCCUUUGAAAUGACCACAGCUUUUGGAAGUGGACCCUGGGCGCGAGUUCAUAGGCGCUGUCACCAAAGAGAUGGAAAAACACAAAACAAAAAUUCGCCGUGGCCGGGUGGAUAUCCGCAGAGACCAGGCUAUCAUGUAAAGAGGUUCAACCGCACCCUUGCUGAGCGUCUGUUUGGACACAAGUAUGCUGUCGAAAUGCGGCUUCCCAAGGGCCCAAAAAUCUUCUCAAUGGGUCGUUCGGCUUCCUGAUGUGACUUUGCCCUGAACGGCGAAGUCACUCGGUUGAUCAGAAAGAAACCUGCUGAAGCUAUCACAGAAAACUCCGUUUAUUCCAAGCCUGCGACUUCCUACCACAGACCUGUCGGGGUGGGCGGAAAAAGCUCCCCACCCUUGUGUACGUGCGUUAACUCUACCAACCAGACAAGCGGGAAGGCCACCGCAAACGUGAAAAUGAUUCCAUUUGGUCACUAAAAGUGUACAACAUUGAAAAAUGUCACAUUGUAUGACUUGCAGGAUGGGCCCAAACGAGGCUUUGUACCUGAGGAGUUGAUGGUUGUGCCCUUUAGCUUAAAACUCUGUUCUGCCUUCAGCAUCUCUAUAAGGUAAUCUUCAAGCUCUGCUUCUGUUAAUCGGAAUGCGGACACGAGGGUGUGAAUGUCGUUUUCUGCAGUGUAUCGCUUAAAAUCGAAUGGGCUCAGCGAGAUUUUGUUCAACCGCACUCCAUAGAUCUCAUGUAACUCGCUGCCAAGCAUGUUUAUUUCGUGCCUGAAGACCUUUUGGCUGCGGAGCGCCUCUUUGAAGUGCUAAUGCUUUAUCCUCUUUUCACCACUUAUGUUUUGUGCCUUUUGACUUUUUGAUGUUUUUGUUUUUCAUAAGAAUGGAAUGCAUUUUUUUUGGCCGACACUCAACGAUGGGGGUUCCGUUCAUCUCGUCUUUCGUCUUGCCCAUUUUGUUUGGACUGCUGUAUAGAGGGUGGUCUUUGGAGUAAUCACUUAUGUCAAAGUGUUAUUUGCUCCCUUCCAUGUCCUUUAGACAUCAUUGGUUUGAAUCUCUAGCAAAAGGCUGUCUGUGUCCGUAUAAAUGACCUCACACUUAAUAAUUUGACAUGCCAGUGGAAAAUUGUUAACAAGGGAACAACACAGGGAAGUGUCAGUGGCCCAUAUCUUUUCAACAUAUUUUUGAAUGACCUAGAGAUAGAUGGAUACAAAGAUAUAUCCUUGUUUAAAUAUGCAGACGAUUCAACCGUCUUAGUCACGAUUACUAAAGAUUCCCCGGAUAUAUCUGAUAUUGCCUUGUCCAAGUUUAUGAAUUGGACUGUUGCAAAUGACAUGCAUUGUAACACUAGUAAAUGUAAGAAACUAGUUAUGCGUAAGAGAGGCAAUUCAACAGUCUACCCAAUGUCUCACAAUAUCAAACAAUAUAAUAACAUUUCUUUAUUAGGCGUCACAAUUCAAGGUAAUUGUAAGUUUGGCUUGCAUGUCGAGGCCAAGCUCCAUGAAGCCAACAAGUGUUUAUUUGUCAUCAGAAGCCUACGUAAAGAAGGAUAUACACAAGAUGAAAUAGACCACCUCUUUAAUUCAAUUGUGAUCCCUAAGUUAUUAUACGGUCUUUCAGUUUAUGCUGCAAGUGUUUCCGAACUUACUGUUAUACAAAGGUUUUUAAAAAGAUGUUAUAAGAGGCGUUAUACGUCGGUCAAUUACAACAUAUAUGAACUUUUGGAGAAAAGCGACAGACCCCUUUUUUAUAACCUCAAACGCGAUGACCAUCCACUAAAAAGCUUGCUCCCAAGGUACAAAGACUGUAUUGUAAACCUUCGAAGGAUAUCCGUUGUCAGGCCCACCAUUAACACUGAACGUUUCACAGAUAGCUUUUUUAAUAGAUUAAUUUUUAAAGAUAAUCUAGCUGUGUAAAUACCCCAUAUGUAUUUUUAAUCAAUUUAAUCUUUUUUAUUCAUCUUGUCAUUGUAAUUUUUUCUAUCGAUAUAUAUUUUUACUGUAACAUCAGAUAUGUAAUUUUAUCCGAUGCUUUUUUUAAUAAAGACGUUAUUACUUUGCCUCGUAGUACGUCUUAAGCACGUUGUAGUAAAAAUCGUACAUAAGUAUUUUGCUAUUGUCAAGAAUCGUCAUCUCGGCAUAAACAGGCUUGUCCAGUGUCACAAUUUCGUUUUGCAUUCGGAAACCAGCAAGAUCGUUGGAAAACCGUGUACACCGGCGCAUGAAGGACCUGCAAUCAGUUUGCGAUUUUUUUUGUUUCAUUGCGUCACAUGAUUUUGAUGUUUACUCUCUUUCGAACGUUCUCCAUGGUUUUCUCGAACACAGAGUUAGUAAAAGUUUUUCUCUAAUUGGUUUUUUGCCUUCUUCCGGAAUUCUGUGUUCAUUCGGAUAUACGCGUACGGUUCCAUCCAACAGUCUUGGUCGAACUUCACCACCUUGUGAACCUUCUUGAGUUUCAUCCCCUGUUAAAGAUAAAACUGCAAAUUUAUGCCGUGAAUGCACUACAUAAUUUUUUUUUGUCCUGUAGUGUCAAAACAAGUUCUUUUUUUAUUCUGCUUCAACCCCAACUCAUGUACCAUGCUUUUUUGGUAAUCGGACACCCAUCCGUUCUCGAUUCUUUUUUUUUCUGGGGCAAGUGGAUAUCCAUUGUGGGCUUUGUGCAGCUCUGCCGGAUACUUCAGAUGCACAUAAAAAAUCCAAAUUGUUUGCUUUCAAAAAAAGCUUGCUUACUACCAAGAUCCCGCCCCGAGUUCCUUCUUCUGUAAACAGAUGCAUGUCCACAUCUUUCAGCAGUUCCAACACCAUUCCUGUCUUUUAAAACAUCGCAUCCUGGGCCAGCCUGGCGAUGUGUAAUAAUGCUCCGGAUCCAACUUGUACUGUUUCAAACAGAUGCUUUUGAAGUUUUCAAAAGCAUCCGCCAAAAGAGCGAAAUCUAUCCUGAGAUACAGAUCAUGAUAAUCCCCCAAGUUUUGCAUUCAAACUCUGUUCACACUUUUUUCGCAUGCUCCUAUUAUUCCUGGGCUAUGUGCUCGUCAUCCAGCGAGCUGUAAAAUAUAUGCCUUGGGAGGGCAGUUUGUUUUGCUCAAACGUUCCUCCAUCCAUGUAUUCGUAUGGAUACAAUCCGUUUACAAAUCUGAAUCAGUUGGCGUUGUGUUUCAUUUCUAGCAAGCUGCGUAGUGUAAUUGAGUUCUAUGGAGGCAUACUUUUCAGCAGCGAAUCCUAGCUCGCUUGAAAGAAAUUAAAGCUUUCCUCCCCAUUGAAAAGCUGAUACACUUUUCCGUAUUGUUUGGAAUACAAUUUACUUCUUUGCUCUCCAUUUUUGCCCCAUUUUUCCCAUACCCUGAAACAGAAGAUGCGCAUCAUGCCACUUGAGGUUGGGCAAAAAGACUGUGAUUGAAACUUCAGGCCUUAUCCGGUAUUUCCCCGCCGAGUGGCAGUGAUCCCUGACGGCGUCUCUGUAGUUUAUAGCAAGCAACGGCUACAGGUAGUACAGGCAAUGUUCAUGGCUGUUUUAAACUUAUUGGUCCACCUCGUCCAGGGGUUGGCGCUUAUCUCUUGGCCCUUCUAAAACUUUUUUUGAAAGUAGCAUUUUUUGUGUGCUUACCCGGAAUAACUACCCGUGUCAUAAACUGAGAAAGAAUCCAAAAAUGAUUUUUUUCAAUUUUUUUCAAACAUGGCAAUUGAUGGCUUCUUAAAAUCGGCCUAAUCUUUUUCAUUCUUUUCAACGGACACUACUGUUUUUAGCUUCUCUCUUAUUCUAUUUGCCUCUUGAAAGAUUGCCUACAAAGAGUUAUCCACGGCGUUCUCGCCCCGAUAGUUUUUUAUUUCUGACCCUUACCCAUAUCCACUUGCUAGAUUUCGUUCACAGGACGCUUAAGCUGCUUGUGGAAGUUCAUAAAAUAGAUCCAUUUUUCACUUUCCUUAGGCAUAUCUGUUCGCAUGGGCCUUCCGUUUAUGCCCUUGCAUACCUCCUUAUGCCUUCUCAGAAUUUCUUGUGUCGUAAAUUUUUCCAAGCACCUCAAGCAGUAAUAUUUUGUCAGUUCCAUCGUUUUUGUUUGGUCUUGCAACAGUGCGCUCACUCUUUUUAAGAAUGAAUAAUGCCAAACUUCGCCUGACCCAGUCAGCAUAAGAUGUACUCGUGACACACAUUUUGUUUUUUUUUUUGCUUAAUCUGUACACAAUCACUCUUUCGUUUUGCCAACCAAAGACAUCUAUCGCUUAUUAUUCGUUUUGUGCGUCAAGCUUAUCGAUGUCUUGUAUCGGCGUUGGAAAACUAAUCCCCGCAUAAUCGAUACCGUCGCUGAUAGGACAACUGCUGGCUUUCCCAUUAGGCACGGCUGACAAUGCCGCCCGUGGUGCCCAUUCUAAGCACUCGUUAUCUUUUCUGUUUUCUACGUUAAUGAUGGCUUUUUUGUCUUCUGCUUUUUUGGGAGCGGAAUAUAUGAACCCGCUACAAGUGGAACAAAUCUUGACGCGUUUACAUAAGCCUUAUUAAGUACUUUGUAAAAUUUCAAGUCUGAAUUAAGUGUAAAGUUAUUUAUUCUACUAUUAAACCAGUCAAUAAAAUACCUGAACUGAUCUCUUACUGAUUUAUGUACUGCAUCAUUUGCAUGCUGCAACACUUUUGGAUCAUUGUAAAAAUAGUGAUCAACAAUUGAUGCUCCUUGACCCAAAUCGAAUCAAAAGACCAAACUGCCCUUUUGCCGUAUUCCAGCGAAGCAUUUCUCCUUUGACGACACUGACAAACUUUCCUUUAUUUUGCUGUGCAAAGACGAAAAGAUCUUCAUCAUCAAGCCUGAAUAUAUUCUUUCUCCACACAUGCGUCCAUUCAUCAAAAUUUACUCGAACCAGUUGAAAAUAAACUCUUUCUGGCUCUGGCGGUAAAGAAGAUUUUGAUCGUUAACGGGGCCGUAAAACAUCCGCAGAACGUCAUUCUUGAAGCGUUAAAUAAGCGGCCAUGUAUAUUAAUAAUGUGACAUUUUACACCUCUAAAUAAUCGAACUUCCUGCCUUCUAUGCCACGGCAAGCGAGACCGAUCACGAAGUUAAUUUUUUCCGUCUUGUUUCUCACGCCAGAAUGGGCCUUUGCAAACAGUUCGUUUUCCAUCGCAAAAUUUCUGUGACAGCUCGCUUGCUUUUGGUCCACUGUGCCCGUUUCUCCACGUUUAAUACUACUAGACAUAAAGCAAAAACUUUAAGGUUUCUGAUGCAGUCAAGAAGUUGGCUAACAUUUAGAAGAUGUUUAACAGUAGCAGUGAUGGCAUGAUGACGUCAUUUAUUACUAAAAAAUGGAACGGGAAGCAUCUUCCAUCUUGGAUCCGCAAUGUUGAAUUAUUUAAAUGUAUGUCAUUUUACUUUAAACCCGCACAAAGCGAGGUAUUGUUAAUGGAAAAGUUGAUCUGAGUAUGAAAGGAUGCUUAGGAAACAAAAAGAUCUGCAAAAUACGAAAUUUUGCGAGAAAUGAACACUAUUGAAAAUUGAAACUCAUCAUCUGCCAUAUGGUCAUAUUAAACUCGUGUAUUUUAGAUUUCUUUAACAAUUAUACUAACUUUGAUUAAAUAAUGCUAAUUGAAGUGUAAUAUAGCAAAGAAGUCAGUAAAAUAGAAAAAAAGCCUCUUUUUUUAAAUGACAAUUUUUGAAAACAUGGCUGUCAAAUCCCGGUUGUCAUGGUAACGUUAAUGUUGCCGUAAACAGCACGAUGACUUGAAAAUAUUCAAAUAUAAAUUUUAAAGUUUGUUGAUCAUAGCUUGAACGUUUUUGAAAUUAUUCAACUUUUUAUCGAGGGAGGGCUUUCUGAAUAGGGUUAAGCCAAUCAGAUAUGAAGAAAUAUUUUAUUAAGUUAUGUCAUUGAUUACAUCUCACUUGAGGAAAAUUUUCCAGAUCGGAACUGAAUUUUAGGUGAAAUCUUAGACUAUUUUAUAUUUUAAUUUUUGCAGGUUUUUAAGGUCCAUGAAUCUUCCUCUGCAUCUCCGAAUGACCAACAGAAACGUGCUGAAAGCAUUUUACACUUUUUCAGUGGCUUCAAAGCGUUUUCUUUGCCGUCUCCCGCCUUUGACCCAGAGAUUGUAAAAAGCAUCAACGAUAAUAAAAGUCAGAUAAAUCCUUUGUUCUUGAGUCGCAUAGAAGAAUUUAAAGUGCUACUGGAAGACAUUUUGACUCCUAAAAAGAGUUUCAAUGAAGAAGAGCUUGUUACAGGAGAAGGUAUAUACCCGUUACUAAUUUAGAAAAAAAAAAACAAGCGCUUUUCUUGUUUUAGGGUGAAACGAUGGACUAAAAAUCAUCCGCAUCUGUUUGCACUGAUUACACGGAGGGGUCCGGAAAGAGUUUAAGAAUGAAGAUUGAGGCUGGCUGUUGCUUUACCAAGAAACUUAUUACUUUGUCCCAGAACGUUUGUAAAUGAACUAUAAACCGCAAUUCUAUAUUCCAGUGUCCUGUUUAAAGUUCUGGUUGUCAUUUUCCAGGUCUUGCUGCAUUGGUUCAGCUGUACGUUCAAGCAAUUAAUAGUCCAGGAGGUAUUCCUAAUGUCCAGAAUGCCUGGGAAACCUUUGUGCAGAUGAAGUGUUCCGAGGCUAUAAAAGGAGCCCUGGAAAAUUACGAAAAUAUUAUGAAGUCAAGGCUGAAAGACAAGCUUCCUUGUGAUAAUGAUGAACUACGUAAGGUGCAUGGAACUGCAUUUGAAACAAGUGAAGCUUACUUCAUGGCAGAAACAGCGGGAAUUUCCACAAGCACCACUGAAACGUAUCUCAACAAACUAAAGGUUCGUUUAAAAGAAGUAGCAGUUCCAAGACCAUUAUUUGUUUAUUCUAUUCAGAUCUGGGGUGGGUUGUGUUGGUUUAAGCAGGGUUGAACUGAAACUUUGAUGUUUAAAUAUUAAACCCUAGAAAGUUACUUAACCGGACAAACACAUCCGCCUUAAAGAUUUUCGUUUUGAGUAAGCAUCUCUUUAACUGAUUUGUCACUUUCUUAUUAAUUAUUUCAAUUUAUAAUAAUUCUAAUAAAUAACCCCAACGUUCACCAUCGAUAAUCAGGAGAAUUUAGAUUCCAGUUUAAUAGCUGAUUAUUUUGCAACUUUUUGACCAAUCUGGGGCCUGCACUCGCUAAAAAAAAAUACCCAAAAUUGCUAAGUCACUUCGUGUUAGUUCUGAGGCUGGCUAUGAUAAGAUCCCUAUUUGGUCUGUUAAAGAAUCUAUUAUUUAUAUUUCUGAUCCUUUGAGAUACGUUUUAAAUCUAUCAGUUAACUCACUGCAGGUAUUGUCCCUGCUUAAUUGCAGUUAGCUCGUAUGGUUCCUCUCUUUAAGUGUGGUGACAAAAAUUUACUUUCUAAUUAUAGACCUGUGUCAGUCUUAACAAUCUUUUCGAAGUUUCUAGAAAACGUUGUGUACAAUCACUUAACUCAAUACCUAGAUAAGUAUGAGAUUUUACACAAUACUUACAAUAAUCAAUAUGGUUUGAGAAAGAAACAUUCAACCUCGUUAGAUUUAUUAUACCUACAGAACAAGAUCACAUCAACCAUUGAUGACAGAAAGCAUUCAGUAGAAAUAAAGUUUUCUUGAUUUAUCAAAAGGUUUUGAUACUGUUAAUCAUUGUACUCUACUCGAUAAGCUUGAGCAUUAUGAGCAUUGCACGAUACUCUACUCGAUAAGCUUGAGCAUUAUGGGCCCGUGGUCUGGCCCUAGAGAACAGGAGGACAUUUUGUACGCGCUGCGUCGGUAUGGUCUGUUGAAGUGCCCCUGAGGCAUUUUCUGUGAAUUGUUUACGUUCACUACGAUUAUUUGUAGGCUGUUUUUUUGGAGCUGAAUGACGUAUAUUUGGAGCUACGUUCCGCAAACUUGUUCUUUAAGGCAUCGAGAUAUUUCUCCGAUGAAAGUGAGUUUAUUGUAGCCUCGCUGUCGCCCUUGAGAGUACAGUCUUUCCUUUCGUAAAACAGUACAUCGAAGACAGUAUGGCGGCUGAAUGUUGUGACGACCCAACAUUUCGCGCACAUUUUUUGAACAGCAGGAAAAGGUCAGUAUGAUAAUUUUCCUUUAAACAAUCACGCCAUACCCGGUAGAUAUUUAAUUCUUCUCAACAGUAUAACUGUAAAAUAAAUCGAACUUAAUCGUUUCAGGAAUACAGUGGUAAAUGAAUUGUCCAUUUUGCCGUGAAAUUGUUUUUCACCCUUUUCGCUGACUUGUUUAUCUCGAAAUCUUGCCUUUCUCCCCGCAUGAAGUUGAUGAUUAAUGAAACUAAGAAUACUUCGGCCAAUGAAUGGUGCUUUGAUGAAGGCUGUGAAAAAGCGCCUUCUGCAGUAAUUUUAGCUUUCUUCGCCGGUACGUCUUCGUUGAGAAUAAAAUACACGCUCUUCAACUAUAAAAUUAAUUCAAUACAAUGAUGCUAGUAAGAUUGUGUUUUGAAAAUAAGAAAAAUCUAUCAUUUAGUUAUACAAAGGAAAUAAAAUUACAGCAAUCGGUUUGAAUUCUGAUUUUUUUCCACUUUAUUUUGAUGGUACACUGGUUGUUUACAUUUCAUUAUGCAAAUAAAUAUAACAUUCCGGCGUUUUAAAGAAAAUCUAGCCUAACUCCCAACCCCAAAAUAGCACGAAAUGAAGCGUUUUCAAUACAUCUUUUAAAUAAAUCCUGGUUUCUGUUGCAAUAUAUAUAUAUAUAUUCCUAAAACACCCCAUUUUGUGAAUACUGUCUACAUUUGUUGAUAUGCUAAUUUGUGAAACAUUUCAUCCACAUUGUCCUCUGUAUUGAAUCACAUUCUUGUUUAAUGCAUCAGUAUCUGCUUGAUAAUUCUUCCCUGAUAGGGUUCUAUGUACAACUUACAUUUGGGGUUCAUCUCGACACAGUAAAAAGCUCUCAUCAGAAUCAGUAAAAACAGACAAAUUCACCGCCAUUCAUUUGUGUCAUGCUUGUUGUCGCAUCCCAACUCAUUUGGGUGCUUUAGCAGUGGUAUUUCUUUUUUGAGGAAACAGCACUAUAUGCACCCCUCUAACAAACUCCCUGUGUUAUGUUUUAACAGGCUUUCACGGUGAACAAGCAUCAUCAGUUAGAUUUAUGGAGUGAUGGGCAUUCUCUGUUCUGAAUGGAUCACUAUACUAUCAUCAAAUAUAACUUAAUAAGACAUAGAUUGUGGAACACAGGAGCUGUUACUCAUGGGCCGCUUCAAAAUAGUAGUUUAGGAAAAAGCUCUGUAUCUUUUAGAGUUGAAGAAAAAUAAAAGUAUUGUUUGUUUUUUCGGGGUAUGUGCAUUUGUUUUGUCUGCAAGUGAGCUUAUGAAAUGCUCAAGUUAUUACAUAAUUACAUGUAAUUGUUACUGUCUCAGACUCAAUCCAUUCUUCAUUUCCUGUGGAAUAUAUUUGUUAUAUAUAUUUUCCGCGAAAACGUUCAAAAAAGUGUAAAAAAACCCCCAUAGAUUUCCAUUUUUGUGGCAUAUAUAAACGCUUGUCUCCGCGAUCAGUUUAACAUGAGACAUCGCGCUAUUAAAUCUCACGCAGAAAAAAAAAAUCGCUUUUCUUAAAGCAGCUGAACAUUGCUACGAUGCAUUUCUUCCUAGAUAUAGAGUAAAACCAUGAGUUGGGAACUAAAAGCAUAGAAAUGUAUUGCUUUGCUAGUGAAAAUCAGUGGUUUUUGGCGUUGAGUCUUUAAAGUCUUUAAUUUUAAAAGGUCAAGAAAACCUACUGCUGAAAAAUCCCGCUUAGAAAACGUCCGAUUUUAGUCACGGAGAACAUUUUUUAUAGGAAAGUACGAUAUUCAAGGCACCAACGACAUGACUUUUAAAAGGACUCAGUAACUUUACGCGAGUUUUCGAUUUCCCACUAUCAGAUUUGAUGCGCUCACGCUAUUGUCGUUCAGCGGAUGCACGCAUGCGCAUGCAAAAUGCCCUCCUGUUGCCCUAGAGUGUAUCAAAUGCUACCUUUGUAAUAGGCAACAAUACGUAGAAUUUAAUGGUAUCUCGUCUUCAUUUUGUGAAAUCUUGUGUGGAGUUCCCCGGGGCUAGGGGUCUGUCCUCGGUCCCUUAUUCUUAUUAAAUUAUAUUAAUGAUUUGUGUCAGAUUUCAGUGUCUAUGACAUACCUCUUAUUAGCCGAGUUUUCGGUCCGUACUGUAAAUUACGGACCGAGUUUUUUUCCAUCGAUUUAUGGCCCAAGCGCGAAGUGCGCAGGCCAUAAAUCGAUGGAAAAAAACGAGGAUCCGUAAUUUACAGUACGGACCGAAAAAACGAGGCUAAUAAGAUGUUCAUUAUGUGGCUUCUUCCUGUUUGGGGGACCGGAAACAAGUGCACGACGCGCGAUUUGACAAUCAUUUGACAGGCGUCAAGAAAGAAAGAUUUUAUUGGCUCACGAAAACAAUAUCACACAACAAAGGGUUUCCGAGAAAGUGAAAACAAAUUCGCCAUGUUGAAAAAGUUUAUUUGGUCAAAACUAAGAGCGCUGUAAGUUUUAGCUCUUUAAUGUAACGCUGGAGUAUUUUGGAAACCGGACACUGUGUCUUUCUCGAAGUCGUUUCGAUCUUUCCUCCGUUGGUCCUUGUCAAAAAAAAAAGACACUGCAAAAGGCAAAGAAUCUUUUCAAGGUAAGUUUGUUGUCGUUGUCGAAGGAUUCGCUCGUUAAUUUUUUUGGGGGAAAACCUCUCGAAUUUUUGCCAGUCCAUUCUCGUCUUCAAGCGUGAUCUCCGUUAAAAUUUUCCCAAACACGGACCAUAUUUUCUUCCAUGGAAAGGUUACGAUUCAGUCUCUACAUCAGCUUCGUUCUUAUUCAAACAAAGCUAGGUUAACAUCUGGAAAGGCAAAGUCAACAUCCCUGUUGUCAAGGUUUACAGACAUAUUUUUAAGUAUAUUCGGUCAAAACUAAGAGCACUGUAAGUAUUCACUCGCCAAUGUGACGCGGAUUCUUUUGAAAACUGGACAUUGUGUCUGGCUCGGAGUCGUGUCUAUCUUUCUUUCGUUGGUCUUUGAUGAUCGGGUGCAGGCAUGUUUUUUAUCAUAUUUGUCGAAGGAAUUACUCAUUUUCUCUUAGGCAAAACAUCUCGAAUCUCUGCCAGUCGAUUUUCGUCUUCUUAACUGUGUACUACGAUAAAAUAAUUAUUUUCAAACACUGACUAGAAUGCUCUUCGAUAAUAUUACUAGUUAGUUUCUUCAUCGCCUUCGUUCACAAAUAAGGCACAGUUUAAAAUGUUGAAGGACAAAGUCAAAAUCUAAGUCCUCAAGGUUGAUAGACGUGUUGUAACUUAAUUUCAAUCUUUUUUCCGAGGUAAAGAGAUUUAGAGCUCCGAAAUGAGCAUUUUCUUUGAAAUUUUGGUCCGUAUAGCAAGUUACGGACCGCAAAUUGACCAAUCACAUGGCGAAAACAGACUCAGCCAUAUAAUAAGUGGUUUUAUUUGCUGAUGAUCCCAGUUUAUUCUUUUCUCAUAUUGACUUUCCUACAUUAAUGAACUUCAUUAACUCUGAAAAGCUCAAGAUAUCUGAUUGCUUUAAAGCCAACAAGCUAUCUCUAAAUAUACAAAAGUCAAAUUACAUAACUUUUAAACCCAGGCAGGCAGAGAGGAGAAGAGAUAAAUUCACCUUAAAUAUAGAGAUGAAUGGUCUUAAGAUGAACCAAAUUAAAGAAGUUAGUUUUUGGGGGUGUUAUUUUAUAUGAGUCAUUGUCAUGGAAACUCCCCUAACUUACUUAAUGUAGUGGCCUCAGACAUUCACAAUUUUGCCAUUGCUCAUAAUAUGAGACUUAGUCCAACCAAGUGUAAAGAAAUGCAUAUUAAUUUCCUACGCAACUCCAAUUGUCUCAUUAACCCGAUAAUAAUUGGCGGCAGUGUCAUCAAGCGUGCCAAUACCUAUAAGAUCUUAGGAGUUAUUAUGCACAAUGACCUGAAGUGGAACUGUCAUGUUGAUUACAUUAUUAAGAAAGCUUGUAAGAAGUUAUACUCCCUUAGAGUUCUCCGUAGAGCCAGGGUGAGCCAACCCAACAUCUUGAGGAUAUACCUGAGCACAGUCCGGCCAGUUUUAGAGAAUGCUGUACCAGUCUGGCAGAACACCCCCGCUUAUCUGUCCGAAGCCAUAAGGCGAGUGCAAAAAAGGGCGCUUAACAUAAUGUACCCCGAGGCAGAGUCAUAUGCUCAUGCUUUACAGUUAGGUAAACUAGAUAGGUUAGACGAUAGAAGAGUACUCUUGUGCUACAAAUAUAUGGCGAAAAUGAAGUCCCCCAGCUACCCUCUGCACCACCUACUUCCCAGCCCACUUCUGGACGCGCCUAAUUACACCUUAAGGCAGAAAACACAAAAGUAUUAUCUUUUCCGGAACAUGCAGGUCUGUAAGACAAAGAGAGUGGAGGACUUCUUUACAUUUAAAUUUUUUAAGUGAUUCAAUUGUUAUUUUCAUUGUUAUAACUGUAAAUUACCAUACUCUAGAUAAUAGUUGUCUUAUGAUUGUAAAAUGUACUCGAUAAUUUAGUUCUUUUACUGCAAGAGAGCUUUAAUAAACUAUUCUAUAUAUUUCUCAGGUUGCGCGGAAAAUCUCAAAGUCUGGGCGUUAUUCGUAAAUCGAGUUUUUGUCUUACUAAGUCAGCUUUGUGUACUUUAUACUACGUGUAUUCACUUGUCUAUUCUUAUCUUCAUUACUGUAUUUUAGUAUAAGGUUCGACUUACCCUACCCAUCUUUGGCGUUAUUAUUAGAAUUAUCAGUGAGAAGGGGUUUGAUGCCCACACAGAUCCUCUAUUUAAGAAUCGUAUGCUCCUCAAAUUAGAAGUCAUCUACUCUCUGCACCUCGGGAAAUUUAUGUAUUUUUUAUUACUAAUUUAGCUCCUUCCAGUGUUUCCAGAUUCAUUUUACAUACUAAUCAAGUUCACGUUUAUAACACGCGUAGUUUAAAUCGAUUUCAUAUUCCUUUCUGCCGUACUAACCGUAAGAAAGUUUCCUGCUUUCUUUGAUAAAUAAGCCGAGCGCUUGCAUUCGCCAUGCCCCCUCCUUAUAUUCGUUCCAAUCCGGAGUUGAAAACUUUUUUUCUAUCUUGUUACUGAAUUCAUAACUUAACUCAGUCUCUGUUUAGUUCCUUUUUUUUACGUAAAACUCCGCGAAUUUCAUUUUACUUAUUGCUUUGUGACUGUGGAUCCCAGGCUUCAUAAGCCCUCUGGUUUCUUUUGGGCUCCCUUGCCAAACAACAAUUCCUAUAUAUAUUCCUUUACUGUAUUAUAUUUUGGCCAAAUAAAUGAACAGAACUGAACUGAACUGACCUGAAUUGCAAAGAGUUAAGUUCGCGAUUAUGCAGUUCAUUCUCAUAAGAAUAUCCAACUAGAGUAAAAUUGAAAUUCCCUAUAGAACUUCCAUGGAGUUCCACGGAAUUCCGUGGAGUGUCCUUGCAGUUUUUUACGGGAAUCCAUAGAAACUGACAUUUAGGGCCUGUUUACAUGGAGUGGGGGACCCCGGUCUGGUGGGGUUGGUUUCUUUUGUUUUCACGCUCUGGGGGACACAAAACAAAAGAAACUUACCCCACUAGACCGGGGUCCCCCACUCCAUGUAAACAGGGUCUUAAAUCAGGCAACUCAUCAACUUGUUUACCACGUGUUCAAGACCGCACUUUUUUUGGACAAAAAAAAUAGAAAAUGUCUGGACUUUCAAAUAAAUGUUACACGCAAUAACAAAUGUCUAUACUUGUGAUCUCUCACGCGAAAACGUUCCCUAGCGGCCUUUCGUUAAACUGGUGAACCCUGCGAGUAGGGGUUUCAUGGCGUUCGCGUCGCUUGUCAAUCGCGUUCCUGUUUGUUUGACAUAUGAUAAAACUUUGACUGUACUGCAUUGGUAAAACAUGGACUGGAUUGAUAAAACAUGGAUUAAACGUGGAUUUAUAAUAAUAAUAACCUUUAUUUAUUACCUUUGGCGAUAAGAACUACGGUAAUAUUACAAUAAAAAUUCAAAACACUACAUAUUAUAUAUACAUAUCAAAUUAAGUUAAGUUUAGCACCUCUAGGAAGCAACGAUUGUUUGUGCCUAACAGUGCGUGAUACAGGUAUUCUGAAGUGCGCUGGGUUAGUCUUACAAGAUCUUAGAUUAUGGCCAUGAUGUACUGGCUUGAAAAUAAAACAUGGAUUAAAAAACACUGACUUUUCUAGUGGCUUUGUAUAUAUAUCACCUACAUGUUGGCUUUGCUUUCUGUCUUCAACAACUUCGAAGUCAAUGCGACAAAAAAUGAUUCCGCGCCCGAUUCUAUUACUAGUUGCAAUUCUCAAAUUACAAUCUUGCAAAAUUUGCAUAAAGCAAACCUGAGUCCGUAUCAAACAUUUGGAUAAGAGGAGCGUGUCGCUGUUAACACGCGGGCUUCUUUGAUUCUCCGUAUUUUUUCUUUAUGUUGAACAAGUCGGUGGAAAAAAGUAUUUCGUUUGUAAUGUAAAGAUUUUGAGAGCAAAAGUGUUCGAUGGUUUUCUUUUGACAUACAUUGUUUAGAGACGUUAUCGACACCGUAAAGCCCUUUCAAAAGUGCUUCAAAUUUUUUGACUAGGAAACUGAGCGGUCUUAGCUAACGAGGCACAUACCAUAAAGAGAGAGAAACGAGCGAGACUGGAUUAGGCUAUAGUUGCAGAAAGCUUAGAUUUGAGUGAUGAAUUUGUAAUGUAUUUCAUUUAAUUCACUGGAUAUUCUGAAUUCCAUGGAGUAGUUUCCAUGGAAUUCCAUGGAAAUCGAUGGAGAAAUUUCAAUCAAAUUUCAUGGAAAAGUUCCAUGGAAAUUGAUGUCCUAAUCCUUCAUGGAAUUCCAUAAAGGUAUUUUGCACGGGUUUGUCUUUUGUUUUCUCCUAGCCAUUCCCGGUUUUGAGCGUCCUUUUUCUUUUGUUAGGGACUAUUAAGUGAGAUGUUGAUCGCAUGGCAAAACGAGAAUGCGAAGUUAACAAGAGAAUUUUGUAACGAUCUACUUACUCAGCUCAAACAGAAUCAUCUGGACUCAGUCCUUCGACGACUGCAGGGAAAAGAAGCGGCCAAAAUACCGUUUGGGGAGGUCAUUGCAGGGUACAAUAAGGUCAUAGAGGAUUACCACAAUUCUGCAAUUGGUGCCAAAGAUGUUAUUGCUGCUGUUUUCUUCGAAUUCUACCCGGUAAGACCCUACUUUACUGAUUAGCACUUUGUGAUGGCACUAUGAUUGCCUGGUUUUCUUUUCUUUCCUUCGCUCGCAAUUAUACAAGAAACUAAGAAGAAAAAAGACGUAAUUUUGGUGUUAUCUCAGAAUUAUAAUCGAAAGAAAAGUUUUCAUUAUAAUUAGCUACACUCUUAUAGAUUAUAGAAAAAAACGUUUAAACGCCCUGAAAUUCAAUUAGCCUGAUAUUGAAAAAAUGAAAACAUUAUCAGUCCACGCAUCGUCUAAACCAUUUGUAUAGUUCUUCUGCGAAUUAGUGCACAAAAGCUCGCUCUGAUAUCCAGCAUAGUAGCAAGAAUAUAUGUGAGCCUUUCUCGGGGGUUUAUUUAGGGUUUCUUGUGCGUCUCGAGAUUGGCCCAG